AUGACCAAGGAACGGAUUAGCUUGAUGGAGCUGGCGCAGCGCAAGGAAGAGUACUACGAACUCCUGGAGACCAGUGACAACUCGCUUCGAGAUGUUUUAAACCAGAGAGGCGGACUAGUACUUGCUCGCGUCGGACGCUAUCAGCCCUGGCCAGCAAGGUUUAGCGAGCCCGGGGAGUUUGCCAAGAUGGCACGGUAUCGGGCCAAAAAAGGACAGGCUUGUGUUUAUUUCUUUGGCAGCAGAAACUAUGGGUGGGUCUCGAAGUCGUCAAUUCAGCCGUUCCCGAAAGAUCUCACUACGCUUACGGCGUCAAACAAGUACAAUCAGCAUUUAAUACAAGAAGCCCUCGACGAAGCGAAGCUUGUGCUGGACGUGACUGACGAUACGGGUAAAUGCUUCUUCGACCGCAUCAUGGAACGCAAGAAUGAAGUGGUGGAUUUGCCGUGUGAACGCUGCAAUCGGGUGGAUGAUCACUAUUCGCUACUAAUUUUGUGCGACGGAAAAAAGUGCAAACGGGAGUAUCACAUGAACUGUUUGAUUCCUCCAUUAGUGGCAGUUCCACCCGGAGAGUGGUUUUGUCCAGACUGCCAAAAGGAACGUGAAAGGGAGCGCGAAAAAGGGGAGCUAUUGCGUGCAAAGGUAGAUGCACUAGAUAAGCAAGAGUCCGGAGGUACAGGGGUGAAUGCAGUCGAUGAAAGCAUACGAGAAGCUAAACUUGCGCUCGUACAGAAGACGAGAAAGUACAAACUCAAGUCCAGGGAUGGCAUUAUAAAGCGGCGCCUUGGUUCGGCUUCUCCAGACAGACCCAGUGGCUCCGUUAAAAAACCACGUGGUCGACGUUCGUCGUCUCAAGAAGUCUCGCCGCCAGCGAGAAAGGAUCCAAGGAAGGAUCUGACGCUUUCAAAAAAGCUGGAUGGACGAAAGAAAAACACAUCUCAGAUUGGGGUGCCUACCAGCAGAGCUCAGCUCUUGUUCGACCCGGAAUGUACAGCUGAUGAAGAACAGCGGUCUGAGGAGAAAUGUAUGCUUUGCGGUUUUGGAGGAGAGGUAAUUGUGUGCGAGUUCUCUGGGUGCACCAAGGUGUACCAUCGAUUUUGUUUGGGCGCUUACCCAUUCCCAAACGAUGAAGGUGCAACUUGGUAUUGCCCUCGACACACUUGCGUGCUAACAGGGGAGAAAGAAACAUGUGAUGAUAGUGAGAAGGCGACACAUAAGCUGAAGUAUACCUCACCACGGAAGAGUAUUAUAAAAGCUUGUCUAUGGAAGUGCAUUCAGUGUCCUGUUGCGAUAUCGCACGAAGCUCUCCCACAGCUACCCUUGAAACAGAUAUUUUCCAAGAAAUCACGGUCGUUCAUCUGUCCAUACUGCUACCUCAAUGCGCCUCUCAAAGUCCAGCUUGCCAAAAGGUUGGAAAGAAUUUGGUCGACUCUGGCCACAAAUCGACAGGGAAUGCCAUUUUGUGGUCCGUUGUUAUGUGGAGUCGAGCCGAUUGACGAUCGAGUCGGAGAUAGCAGGACACAGUUGGAUUUGUUCAAGGUGCUUGCACGAAUCCGCAAAUUGGAAUAUGAUGACUCGGUGGCCUUUUCCAGAGAUAUAGACGAGGUUGUAGCUAGCGCUAUCGAUCUUAUCGCCAAUCGGUCGUUACCGUUGAUGGAGGCAGCGAAUACUCUGAAGGUCAUUCGCAACGAGCAGUUCGCAAUUCACCAAGAAAAGCUUGUGUCCCUUGACAGUAAAAUCCGCCGGUUCAAGGCUGAUCAAAAAAACGACGACGAUGACUUGGUAAACGGGAGCAAGAGAACAUGGCCUCUUCGAUGGCGUCAAGAAUGUGGUCCGCUCGACGACAAGCAUUUUGCUCGUGUUGACUCGAAGUCGCUCGACGAGUGGACAGCGCUUGUUUCAGCAGCACCUUUAUAUGCAAGCAGGGACGAAUUCGACGACAGGGGUGAUACUUUCACGUACAUGAGUGACGAGUGUAGCGCGAACGAAGAUGCUUCGUUGCUGUCUACCGGGUUGGCGCGUAGCAGAAGUCCAUCAUCAGGGUCUGUGGAUGAGCCGUCUGGUUCCCCAGCGGUAAUGCAGACGAAGUCGAGUUUUAGUUUAUCCGAAGGGACCGAUGUCAUGAUCGCUCUUGGAGAUUUGUCGAAGCCAGGAUCUAGCAAUCAGAAGAGAAGGUUUGGUGGAGAGCAAAUGAGUGAACUGGAGAGCAUGGAUGCUCGAGAGUUCUUUCUUUCUCCGUCUACCAGCGAGAUGCAGCACAUGUUUGACCAACAGUCUGCCCUCUUACGCAGCGCAUUAGAAGCGCACUCCACGUUACAGCGAUCGUGGCUUAUCAGUCAACAAGACAUGCUGGGCGCGGGUGGGCGCGGAGGGUUUUCUGUUGGUGAAGGGCGACUGGCUGCCGAACUGCGGCUAGCAAACAAGAAUUUGAGGCAGCGACUUCGGAACAAGGACAAACUAGUCGAUCAGCUUACUUCGGACCAUAUGACACUUCGGGCGGAGGUGAUCAAUUUGCAAAGAGAACUGUCUCAAAGCAAGGUGUAUGCGCGAGAGCUAGAAGAUCGCGUUAUUAAUGCUCGAGGUACCGUCGAAUGCCGGAACGAACCAUGUGCCGAUAAUCGCGACACUGUGCUUAAUGGUGCAGCUGCUACGUCAGAUCGUGCCACCGUCGCGAAGCACAUGCUGUAA